GGGGGUGGCGUCACUUCCGCGCCCCUCCCUGCCCCCGCCCAGCGCGGCCGGCGCGUGGAGCCGGUUGGCGGCGGGUCCGAUCGCGCCGCGCACGAGGCAGCCGCGGUCGCGCCGCCGGGCUGGCGGGGGGGGGGCGGGGGAGAGCCGGUCCCGCGCCCGCUCGGGUCCCGCGCCCGCCCCGCCGGCAUGGGGCUCGGCUGGGGGCGCCAGCGGUGACUCAGCCGUUGUAUGUCUGAGAUUUGUCCACACACUGACUCUUCAGACAGGUCUUCCAUAUCUCAAGUCGAGAAGUUUCAUAUCAUACUAAACAUGGAGAAAGAAGAAAAGAAAUUUGUCAAUAAAGCAGAGGAAGAUGAGAUGGAGAUCUGUGGCUACGAUCUGUGUCGCUGGAAGUUGGUGCUAGUUACUGUAGGGGUGAUCUGUUCUGGUGGCUUUCUUCUCCUUCUCCUCUACUGGAUGCCUCAGUGGCGUGUGAAAGCAACGUGCAAAAGGACUACGCUUAAAGACUGUGAAGUAGUUCUGCUGAGAACAACCGAUGAAUUCAAGAUAUGGUUUUGUGCAAAGGUUCGCAUUAUGCCUUCUUUGGGAGCCAACCCUUUACAGAAUCCUAACCCUAUUGUACACAAGGUUUCAAAUGGCCAUGCUGUUCAUUUCUGUGAAUCUGCUGCAGAAGAGAAUAAAAGCGAUUUGAAAAAGUGUUCGCCUAUUCGUUAUUUCACGCAUCAUAGUGUGAAGUAUUUCUGGAAUGAUUCAAUUCAAAGUUUUGAUGUUGUACGAGGUCUAGAUGAAUCUACAUUAUGUUCUUCAGUUCAUAACGAACACAGCACAGGACUGACAAAGGAAAUGCAUGAUUACAGAAAAGCAUUCUAUGGAGUAAAUGAAAUUGCUGUGAAAGUGCCUUCCAUUUUUAAGCUUCUGAUUAAGGAGGUUCUCAACCCUUUUUACAUUUUUCAGUUGUUCAGUGUGAUAUUGUGGAUCACUGAUGAAUAUCACUACUAUGCAUUAGCAAUUGUGAUUAUGUCUGUAAUAUCCAUUGUUAGCUCACUCUACACCAUUAGAAAGCAAUAUGUUAUGUUACAUGACAUGGUAGCAGCUCACAGCAUUGUCAGGGUUUCUGUCUGCAGAGGAAACCAAGAAAUAGAAGAAAUCCUUUCCACCGACCUUGUGCCUGGGGAUAUCAUGUUGAUUCCAUCUAAUGGAACAAUUAUGCCCUGUGAUGCAGUACUUCUCAGUGGUACUUGCAUUGUAAAUGAAAGUAUGUUAACAGGUGAAAGUGUUCCUGUCACAAAGAUUAAUCUACCAAAUCCUUCAGAAUAUCCGAAAGCAAUGGGAGAUGAAAGAUACAGUCCAGAAGUGCAUAAACGGCAUACUUUGUUCUGUGGAACCAAUGUCAUUCAAACCCGCUUUUAUACUGGAGAAUUGGUCAAAGCUCUAGUAGUGAGAACAGGCUUUAGUACUGCUAAAGGACAGCUUGUUCGUUCCAUACUGUAUCCAAAGCCAACUGAUUUUAAACUCUACAGAGAUGCCUAUUUGUUUCUUCUGUCUCUGGUAGUGGUGGCAGGCAUUGGGUUUCUUUACACGGUCGUCAAUAGCAUCUUAAAAGAGGUUCCAGCUGAUACCAUCAUCAUUGAGUCUCUUGACAUUAUCACUAUCACGGUGCCUCCAGCGCUCCCUGCUGCCAUGACUGCUGGCAUUGUUUAUGCACAAAGAAGGUUGAAAAAAAUUGGCAUCUUCUGCAUCAGCCCGCAAAGGAUAAAUAUUUGUGGCCAGCUGAAUCUUGUGUGUUUUGAUAAGACUGGCACACUUACUGAGGAUGGCUUGGAUCUUUGGGGAAUUCAACGGGUAGAAAAUGCUCGUUUCCUUUUGCCGGAAGAGAGGGCUUGCAGUGAGAGCUUGCUGAAGUCUGAGUUUGUUGCUUGCAUGGCAACUUGUCAUUCCCUUACAAAAAUUGAAGGGGUACUUUCUGGGGAUCCACUUGACUUGAAGAUGUUUGACGCAAUAGGAUGGAUUUUAGAAGAAGCAACUGAAGAGGAAACAGCUCUUCAUAAUCGAAUCAUGCCGACAGUAGUUCGACCUUCAAAACAACUUUUCCCAGAAUCCAAGCAAGCAACAGAUCAAGAAAUGGAAUUAUUUGAGCUUUCGACCAGUUAUGAGAUUGGAAUUGUGCGUCAGUUUCCAUUUUCUUCAGUUUUGCAACGUAUGUGUGUAAUAGCGAGAGUUCUAGGGGAGAAGAGAAUGGAUGCUUACAUGAAAGGUGCCCCUGAAGUGAUUGCCAGCUUGUGUAAGCAGGAGACAGUUCCUGCUGACUUCGAGUGUGUCCUGGAAGAAUACACUAAGCAGGGCUUCCGAGUUAUUGCUCUUGCUCACAGAAAAUUGGAGUCCAAGCUCACAUGGCACAAAGUCCAGACUAUUAAUAGAGAUGCUAUUGAAAGCAACAUGGAUUUUAUGGGAUUAAUUAUAAUGCAAAACAAACUAAAGCAAGAAACCCCUGCUGUACUUGAAGAUUUGCAUAAAGCCAACAUUCGCACUGUCAUGGUUACAGGGGAUAAUAUGUUAACUGCUAUCUCUGUGGCCAGAGACUGUGGAAUGAUUCUACCUCAGGAUAAGGUCAUUAUUGCUGAAGCACUACCUCCAAAGGACGGGCAGGCUGCCAGGAUCAACUGGCAUUAUGCAGAUACCCUCGCAAAAUGCACUAGUUCAUCACCAGCCAUAAACUCAGAGGAUAUUCCGGUUAAAUUGGUCCAUGAAAGCCUUGAGGAUCUCCAGAUGACCAAAUACCAUUUUGCAAUGAACGGAAAGUCAUUUGCAGUGAUUUUGGAGCAUUUUCAGGACCUGGUACCCAAGCUUGUGUUACAUGGCACUGUGUUUGCUCGUAUGGCGCCUGAUCAGAAAACUCAGCUGGUGGAAGCUUUACAAAAUGUAGAUUACUAUGUGGGCAUGUGUGGAGAUGGAGCAAAUGACUGUGGCGCGCUAAAGAGGGCACAUGGUGGUAUAUCUUUGUCUGAACUUGAGGCUUCUGUGGCAUCACCAUUCACUUCCAGAACACCUAGUAUUUCCUGCGUGCCAAAGCUGAUCAGGGAAGGCCGUGCUGCUUUAAUAACUUCCUUCUGUGUAUUUAAGUUCAUGGCAUUAUACAGCAUUAUCCAGUACAUCAGUGUUACUCUGCUAUAUUCUAUCCUGAGCAAUUUGGGAGAUUUCCAGUUUCUCUUCAUUGAUUUGGCAAUCAUUUUGGUGGUUGUCUUCACUAUGAGUCUGAACCCUGCUUGGAAGGAGCUUGUUGCACGAAGGCCUCCAUCAGGUCUUAUCUCAGGUCCACUUCUGUGUUCUGUUUUGUCUCAGAUCAUCAUCUGCCUUGCUUUCCAGACCUUCGGGUUUUUUUGGGUCAAACAGCAGCCCUGGUAUGAGCCUUGGACAAUGGAAUCUGAUGCAUGUAAUGUGUUGGAUGCCACAAACACCAGUUCUGCACACCAUGAGAAUGAGACUCUUCAUGAUGAACAUUAUAUUAAAAAUUACGAAAACACAACUUUGUUUUUUAUAUCCAGCUUUCAGUACCUCAUAGUUGCAAUUGUCUUUUCUAAAGGAAAGCCCUUUAGACAACCAUGCUACAAAAACUUUCUGUUUGUUGUAUCUGUGAUAGUGCUUUAUGUCUUCAUAUUCUUCAUCAUGUUGCAUCCUGUUGAAUCUAUUGACACAUUUCUUGAGCUCGUGUGCGUGCCAUAUGAGUGGCGCCUAAGAAUUCUCGUCAUUGUUGUUCUCAAUGCAAUUGUAUCCGUGUUGACGGAGGAGGCUGUGGAUCGCUGUGGAGUCUGGUUCCUUCCUUCCGUGUUUGGCUGUAGAGAGAAGACACCAAAAGCCAAGUAUAUGCAUCUAGCUCAGGAACUGCUGGUUGAUCCAGAAUGGCCACCAAAACCCAGAACAACAACAGAAGCGAAAGUACCAUCCCAAUAAAAUGGUUCAUAUCAAAUCAUCACUGUAAUGUAACAGUGGAUCUUGGUGGCAUGUCUUUAGUAGUAUUCAGAAGAAUGUAAUUUUUAGGCUUUAUUUGAAAUUGCAGUAUACUAAAUGUCAAAAUUGUAAUGCAAAUAUUUCCAACUGUUUUGUCUCUCUGAAUACAAGGUUCAGAGUCAGACAUCUUAUGGCUAUAAAUUUUUAAAAUGUAGGUUACCUUAGACAGAAGAAAAAUGAUUGUGUUUCCUUCUACCUUCUUUCACAUUUCAUUAUUCCUAAAUGAGAUCUCUUUGAAGGUUUACACUGCAGGGCAGUUAAAAUAGGUUCACUUUAUUUGCCUGGGGUAUCUUAAUCAUUGUUCUAACUGGCUUACCCAGGCCCAUGUUCAUGUAAACCCAAUGAUGUAAUGGUUUCAUGGUAGUACUAGAGGCACAUAACCUUGUCAUGCUUUUUUUUUUUAAAUAUUCACUGUUGAAAAGCUCCAUGGUUGAAAACCGUGCCUCAGAACGGUUCUAAAGUUUUGGUGUGUGUACCUCUAAGUUUGUUCCUACUAGUAAGGAGUGUUUCCAGGUGUAAAGUUUGGAUUUUAAGUUUUAAUUCUUUAGUCUGCCACAGCAGGAACUGGGAAUGCUAUAGAAGCAAUAUGCUCUAUGCUCUUGACAAGAAAGCACAUUGGUUUCAAGUGGGUUCUCAGUUUCUUUUCUAGCUAACCCCAAGGAAGGGCUUAGGUGGCCCUCAGAGGAGGAGACAUUUGGCUACACCAAAAUUUUUGGAGAAAGAAAGCUGGAGAAUCUUAACACUUUCUUCUGUCUCAUGUUUUAUUACAUUUAGCUAUGCAUUUCUCCACAGGCCUUGCUUUUUCCAGCAGAAGGGAUGGAUUAUCCCUUUGUGGACCACAUUUUAUUUGUAAAUCUUAAGAUAAUUUUCCUAUAUACCUUGAAGUAGUAAGGCUGGAGUUACUGCUGCAAGGGAAACGGGGGUGGGAGGGAGGAAUACAUUCACAUGCCCACGCUUGGGAUUUGUGCAUGUUAAGAACAUAUGCAUUUCAUAGAGUCUGCCAGUGUCUUAAGCACUAUAUGUAGCUGUAUGAAACAAAAUUAAGAGAAAAUAGAUGAGCUAAAAUCUGUCUUGCUGCAGAACUGUGAGGCUUAUGUGGAUUUUAUUUUAAAAAAAAAAAAGCCUCCAUCACCAAUAAUGCUGCUUAAGUGCUUGGGGUAGCGAUACAUCCUUUUGCCAUUAGGCGGUGUCAAAACAUAAGACCACUGGAAAAAUAGAUCUGAAAGAUGUAGAGGCAGGCAUCAUCUUCAUGUGCAGAGCUUAAAACUUUUCUCUCUUUUUUUUUUUUUAAACCACAAAUUACUUAUCUCCAAACCAUCUUCAACUUGCUAAACUUUCAGAAAAGUCAUCUUUAGUGUCUUUGGGAAGAUGAUAAAAACACAGACUCUUGAUCAGUCUGUUUUGACCAGCUGCAGCUGACUGGUUCAGACACCUCCAAGCCUCUGGAGGGGAUCUGGGAUCUGGAGAAGUCAUAAUUCUGUAGAGAACUUUUAGAGGAGGAAGUUGGGUCCCUUAGAGUAGUUGUGGAAAGCGGGCUCCAAACUCCCUGGCCAGCUGGGAUACAUUUCAAUUGUGUGUAUUCUAAUGAUGGAAUUUGAGGUUUUGUUUUGUGUGGGUUUUUUUAAAUUAAAUUUUAUUUUUUUAAAUUCUUGUGGAGAUGAUCCUAUUCCAGCAUUGCUUUAAUAAGGGGAAUUUUUCAGGUUGGGCCUGAUUCCCUUGUGCUGUUCUGUAAGGCAGUAUGGACAGUGUCCCCCACUGCUCAUGUUUCUGCAGUGUUGAACAUACUGUGCCAAUGGGGAAUUUAAAAGUGGUGCUAAAUGGUUUGGAAAACUUUUAAACCUUCAAGUUCUAGGAAAGUUACUAGCACUUGCUCCUCAUAAAGAGGAUGCAUAUAGUGUAUUAUCCUCUAGUCCAGCUGUCAACUCUUUUCCUGAUUUUUUUUUUUUCUGUUGUUUGGUUUUGAGGGGUGGAGCAGGGGAAAGAGGGAAGUGGUUUUCUUAACAUUUAUUCAACGGAUCAAUGUAAAACUUUUAUCCUGGCUUCUUAGGGUCAUAAACAUCAAACAUCAUCAGUACCUUUUAAGGGGUCUGCUGUUGCAGACUUGGAUAAAUUUAUUAAUCAUGAACUUGAGACAGGUGGCUAAUUUCUGUCAAUACUGAUUUUGCAAACUCUUUGUAGCAUGGAAUAAUUGAUGAAGAAUAAUUCAUAGCUGCGUAAGUAGUAUUCAAAUUUAAAGAAAAGUAAUAUUUUAGUUGAAAAAUGUUGUGAAGCUAUGCAUCUUGGACCUGGGAGCUGUGACAUCCUUAAAUGCGUAAGCUUCUGCUUUCUAUUUCAUUGACCAUUUUAGCUUGGUUGUUCCCUCAGAAGUGAAAGAAAAUAUGUCUUUCCCUUUUAUAUGCUUUUGCUUAAUACUUUCUCUAAACUGAUCAUUUCUCUCAGCUUGUUUAGUUUGUGAAGCUAGUCUUUCAAUCUUACUCUAGUUUAUUAAACUUAUCUAGAAAGUGAGGAGGAAGCAGCUUAUUAAGGUGGGCUUGUCUUUGGAGAAUGUUUUAGGGAGCUCUUACUAAAAUGGAUAUUGCCCAGUGUCUCCACUUGGUUGAGUGACGAAUGGGUCAUGAGCCUACUAAACUUGAGUAUUUUGCAAAAGGGAGCUAGUUUCCUCAAGGUAUGCGUUGAGAGUUAGUAAAUGUUCUUGAGGUUGCAUGCUUGAGCUCUGACCUAUUUGCUUCUGACGCUUUGUCAAGAAUAAUAAAUCGGCUUUUCUGAGAAUCCUUCUUGUUGUUGCAAGUCAGCCACAGAAUAAGCUUUUGCAUCUUCUGCAAUUAUUGGGAUUUAUGCCUUCCUGCCCAAGAGCUGAGUUUGGCCACCUAUAAUUUUUCUCAUUUUGAGCAGUUUAGUUUUUCUGGUUUUCAGAAAUGCAGCAAAUUAGAUUUGCACUAGUGUAUUCAGUUUCUGCUUUGAAGUAAGAUGAAAUUCAGUUUGUAGUGAAAAGAAUCUCUUCUAAUGUUCAUCUUGGAAGUCUAAAUUCAGGUGAAUAGACCAAUUUAGUGAUCUCCACUAGAUACUUGGUAGACGUUUUCUUCCUGCUGUAUAUUUUGGCCUUAUAUUGAGGAGUUUGAUUUACUAUUAAAUUAUUUGUGUAUGCAGACUUUAAUCUGUAUGUAUUUUACUUUGAUGUAUUAGGAUUUGUAAAUAUUACUGAUUUUUUAAAAUAUUAUUUAUGCAGAUACUUAAAGGACUGGUCUACCCAGAAAAGCAAUUGCUAAAUAAUAAAUAUUACUUUUUAGAAAUAAAUUGUAAGAUCAUUAAAUUGUAUAUCCCUCAGGGUUAUUUUUAAAGUUGGUUUUUUCUUCUUCCCUUCAGAUUCAAUUAUUAGUAACUCUAGUUCCAUGUGCUAUAGAACUAAAUCUACUGUAAAGAAAAUGCUGCGCAUAAUGUUUGAGUAGAGGCGACUAAAAACACCCACAGAACUGAUUGUCCAUAUUCAUAGUAACCUUAAAUUGGAAACUCUUACUGUUGCACUUUUUCAAAGUUGUUGGAUUUUAAAUUCUAUUUAUUUUUUUCUUUCUUCAUGAAGGUUGUGCUGAACAGUCAUCCCAAAUUGGGUAAAUAAUCCUGUACUGUAUAUGUGUAUACAGUAUAAUACUAAACAGAUGUGGAGUCCUUUUUAUGCUGCAAAUUUUUAAUGCUUGUGUUGGUCAUCACAAAAUGAGAGAGCUAAAGUUCUGUAGGAUUUCUCCCAUGAGAUUCUGAAUUGUAAACUUAGGCUUUUGUAUGUCUAAGGAAAAGCUGUGGGUUUUUGACAAUUUUUAGAGUCUUGAAUAUGUUGAUUUUAUACAGUAAAGCUUCAGGUUUUUAAAGCUAUUUUCAACAAACUGCAGCUUGUUUGAUAAUUAUGUGAACCACAAAUUACUCGGUUUGUCAUGAAUUCGUCGAGCCUAACACAGAUUAAAAGGUUUAUCAUUGCAGCGCUCUCUAGAAGCUCAGCUUCCUUUUUAUUUUUAAAUCUGAAAUGAUACUACAUCUUUGUAUUUAAGAUAUGUAUUGCUGCUCUAGAAUGGUACCCUGUUUUCACGAGGCAUACAUAAAGAACUGUACAAUAGAAUUGUAAAUAGACUUGUAAAUCAUUUUUGUGACUGAAGCUCUUUGAAAAUAAAAUUAAAAUGAACAGAUAUUUUAACUCUU